AUGGAGACGCUGCGUCGCUGCUUCCACGGACGGCCCCCCGGGGGGGGUCCCGUCUCCUAUUCCCGGCACAGGAACCCCCGCGAGGGGAGGGAGGAGGAGGAGGAGGGGGCGGAGCCAAUGGUGCGGCUGCCGCGCCCCCGGACACGCCCCCGGCGCAGACCACGCCCCUGGCUCCACCCCCUGGCCACGCUGGCCCUGGGCUCGGCCACCGCGUUCCUAUUGGGGCUGUUGGUUGCCGGCCUUGGCCACACCCCCUGCAAGGGCGGGGCCGUGGGGGCGGGGCCUCUCCCGGGAGGCUCCACCCCCGAUUUGGUUUGGGGCGGGGCCAGCGCGGAGGCUCCGCCCCCCCGGCCCCGCCUGCGGGAGCUGCUGCGGCGACACCUGAGGGAGGAGAGGGUGGAGCAGUGGGCCAGGGAGGUCAGCUCGGGGCCGCACGGGGCGGGUUCGGGGCGUGGCCGAGCUCUCGCCCAAUCAGUGCUGAGCGCCAUGGCAGGGGCGGGGCUGAGCCGGGCCUGGAGCCGCCCCCAGCCCCUCCCCCUCCCAGUCCGGGGGGCGGUGUCCCUGGCCUGGGUGGGGCCGGGGGGGGCGGAGCUGGAGCGGCUCCCGCUGGACCCGGAAGCGUUCUGCGCCUGGAGCGCCCCCGGCACCGCCACCGGCGGGCUGGUGUACGGGCACUACGGGCGCCCCCAGGACCUGGCGGAGCUGCGGGCGCGGGGGGUGACGCUGCCGGGACACCUGGCGCUGCUGCGGCUGGGGCGGGGCAGCCCCGCCCAACAGGUGCAGGAGGGGGCGGGGGACCCCUUCAGCCGGGGGUUCCCCUCCUUCCGCGGCCACGCCCCCGGGCCCCCCCCGGGGGUGCCCCCGAUCCCCGCCCACCCCCUGAGCGCCGCCACGGCCAUGAGGCUGAUGAGGUCCCUGGGCCCCCCCCUCGCCCCCCCGCGCUGGGGGGUCCCGGGGGGGUCGCUGCGGUUCCGGCCCCGCCCGGGGGGGCGGCGCCUGCGGCUGCGGGUGGGGGCGGGGACGUGCCCCGGGACCCUCACCAGCGUCUUCGGGGCCCUGCGGGGGCGCCUCGAGCCCGACUGUUACAUCAUCGUGGGGGCCCAACGCGAUUCGCUGGGGCCAGGGGCGGCGGCCUCGGGUGUGGGCACCGCCCUCCUGCUGGAGCUCGCCCAGUUCUUCGCCGCCAUUGGCCGAGAGGGGUUCCAGCUCCGCCGGACGCUCCUCUUCGUCAGCUGGGACGGCGCCGAGUUCGGGCACCUGGGCGCCACCGAGUGGCUCGAGGGCUACCCCGACCUCCUGCACACCAAAGUCGCCGCCUACGUCAGCCUGGACCGGCCCGUGCUGGGCGCCGAUCGCUUCGUGGUCCGGACCAGCCCCACCCUGGGGCCGCUGAUCGAGAGCGCCCUGGAGCAGGUGGAGAGCCCCAACGAGGGCGGGAAAUCCCUCCUGGAGCAGCUGCGGCGGCCGGGGCGGGGCUGGGAGAGCGACGUGAUCCGCCCCCUGCCCCCCGAGAGCGGUGCCUUCCCCUUCACGGCAGCCGCGGGGGUCCCGGCGCUGGAGCUCGGCUUCGAUGAGGCUCCGGGCGGCAGCGGCAGCGCCCGCGCGGCCCUGGGCACCCCCGAGGACACCCUGUCGCGGCUCGGAGCGCGGCUGCGGGGCCGCCUCCCCGCCGUGGCCCGCGCCGUGGCCGCCGUGGCCGCGCAGCUCCUGCUCCGCCUGGGCCACGACCCGCGGCUGCCGCUGGAGCCCGCGGCCAUCGGGGACGCGCUGGUGCGGCAGCUGGCGCCGCUGCAGGUGCGUGUAAACCAGUAUGGACCAGCCGAGGCGUCGCUGCUGUCCCCGUUCGUGUCCCCUCUGGUGUCCCCGUUCCGUCACGUCCUGCUGGGCCGGGGCGGGCACACGCUGGCGGCGCUGGUGGCCGAGCUGGGGACAGCGCGGGGGACACCGGGGGGUGGCACGGGGACACCGGGGGGUGGCACGGGGACACCUGUCCAGCUGCGGCUGGCGCUGCUGGCCUGGACCCUGCGCGGCACGGCCGGGGCGCUGGCGGGGGACAGCGGGGACAUCGGGGACAUCGGGGGGGGCCUCGAGGACAGCGGGGACUGCGGGGACAUGGGGGGGGCUGGGGACGGCUGGGGGGGCCUUGGGGACACGUGGGUUUGGGGACAUGGGGGGUGA